UCGGCAACAGAAGAGUCAGAAAACUACAAGCUAAUUCUUGCUUUUCUUCCAUCUUCAGGUUGUUUUUAAUUCGCUUAAAGACAGCGAACACCUGGGGGAGAGAAGGCAACCUUAGCCCCAUGGCCUUUUGGGAAGUAGUAAUUAGGGGGCUGAUUUUUCUAGGCAACUUUUUUUUUUGCAAGCUAUUGCAUCUUCAACAUUUUUAAAAUGGCUAAUUAUUGUAAUCAAAGGGUACAGCAAUGAUGUACCAGCUCUAAUUUUUUUGGUUGAGGGAGCUCAUUUAAUAGGAUUGCAAAAGGGAAAGGAAGUCUGCUGAGGUAGGAAAGAAGGGAAGAGAGAUGUGAUGAAUAAUUUGCUGGCUAGAUUUUUUUCAUGGAGUUAGGGAUUUGGUGAAGUCAAUGCAAAAUAAGUUCUGUUAAAUAUUUAUUUUUGGAUUCAGGCCUCAACACAGGAGAAUCAACAGAGCUCUCAUUAGAACCUGACUCUGGGCAUAUGUUAAUGUAGUUGGAAUCAGCAUCAGAAGCAGUCCAGAUUAAAUGAAAGUGAAGGACAGAAAACUGUAUCUCAUUGCUAGUUGGCUGAUUAGAAAAUUCUGGAUUGAGGGAAGAGAUCCACCUGUCCAUUAGGAUAUCUGGUAACUUACCACCGAUGUUAAUUUUGGGAUAGGUUUUCAAUCUCCUUGUAAAUAGAAGGUGCCUCUUAUCUUUAAAUGAUGUAACUGAAACUGGGAAAGUAUAAAACUCAGCUUUUCUAACAAUCCUGAGGCUGUCAGAGCUAACAUGAAGCAAGAUGUUAAAAACAAGACGUUAAGAGGAGCCCCUCCGUGUCCGGGGCGGUAAAAAACCUCUCUGUUUUAGUGAUCCAUAGCAAAACACACAAAUCUAUUUCUCCACCCAGGAGCGUCACUGCAUAACAACAGGAAGCAGAGAACCGGCCAGCAUUAGCUCACUACAUCUGAAGGGUGAGCCGGGUCAUCAUCAUCUCUGGACUCCUUUGCUUAUUGCAAAGUGAAGAUGAAUUGCAAAGAGGCUCUUGUCUCUGCAGUCUGCUUUGGGGAAAAUCUAGAACUCUAUUUUGAAGAAGUUCUAGAGUGCGACUCUCUGAGGAAAGAACAGUGCAUCUGUCAGCAAGUCUUUCGAAACAUCAACAGUCAAAUACUUGUGGUGCGAUCAGAUUCAAAUGUAGGGGUAUUCGAAUCUGCAGCAGAUCAGGAGGUGAAGCGUGGGAGUGGAAUGCUAUUCACCAUUCACUAUUAUGCAGACACGGGUGUGCCUGAGACUGGGCCGGCUGUAGCAUUCAGUGUCCAGGAAGGUAGCAAGACUUACAGUAUGUACUGCAUGGAUGACGGUGGGAAAAGAAUGGUUCGAUUCCGGGAGGGAGAGCCUCCCAAGGACAUCGAAGGAAAAAGUGACAUGGUUUUUAUUCAAAAGCUGUUUACACCGGGAGACGGAACGUCAUUCAAGUUUGAAUCUUGGCUGAUGCCAGGAUAUUUCUUGGCCUUUGCAAAAGAGGACGGCUUAAUUAAACUGAUUUUAAAGAGCUGUGUGAGUGGAGAUGAAGUAGACGAGACCAUGAAGAUACAUUUUGAAACUUAAACUAAACUGAAAAUCACUCUAAAAACACUGCUGUAUCAUAGAUAAGCUAUUUCUUGGCUUUUUUUUUAACAUAAA